AUGUCAACUAAUACAACAAAUUUGAUCUUAUCAUUAAACAAUAUAUCAGCACUCUUAAAUCGUUAUGUUUCAAUUUUUAUUUUUAUUUUUGGUAUUGUUGGUAAUGCUCUCAACGUGAUUGUUUUAUCUCAACAAUCACUUCGAACAAGUCCAUGUUCAUUUUUCUUUCGCAUAUCAUCAGUUGCAGGUCUUUGUUCUAUUUUAUCUGGUUUAACAACACGAAUAUUAGCAGGUUAUGCAGUUGAUCUAACAAAUACAAUCGAUUGGCUAUGUAAACUUCGUAUAUUUGUUUUAAUGGCUUCAAGAACUGUUGCUUUAUGGUUAAUAGCAUUAGCAAGUAUUGAUCGAUGGCUUUUAUCAUCAAAUAAGUGUCGAUACCGACAAAUGAGUUCAUUAAAAAAUGCAUACAGAAAUACAUUCAUUACCUUAGUGUUUUCAAUUAUGUUAUAUGCUCAAUUAAUUUAUUGUUAUGAAGCAAAUUUGAUUCAGACGCUACUAAAAUGUUAUGGAAAAACAGAAUUAUGUCGUACGAUAACUGAUUUCUCAUAUGCACUUAUCAGUGUUAUAAUACCCAUUACUGUUAUGAUCACAUUUAGUCUACUGACAAUGUCAAAUGUGAAACGCUCACAUCGUCGCGUAUGUAUAAUACAAGUAACACAUAUGUCAACAAAUGCUCACAAUCAACCACAACAAUGGAGAAAGACGGAUUAUUAUUUACUAGUUAUGCUUGUAAUACAAACAGUUCUUUAUUGUUUUUUCACACUUCCACAAGCAAUACAAAAAAUUUAUUCAACAAUGACUGAAAAUCAGACUAAAUCUCCUUUACAAAAUGCUAUUGAAAAUCUAGCUUUUAAUAUUUUACUGCUUUUAACUUAUUUUUCAAGUGGAAUGCCAUUUUAUAUUUAUACAUUAUGUGGUGGAAAGAUAGUUCGUAAAACAUUAGUUGAUGUGUUCAAAAAGUUUUGGACAAGACUUACUCGAAUAACAAAUUAA